UGCAGGCUGUGGAGCUGGAAUUCCCUGCGGCUUUCUGAGCCGAGAACGUUGGUUUGGAGUGCGGCAUCCAGCCUGCAGUCUGCAUCAUGCCAGCCUUGUCAACAGGACCUGGGAGUGACACAGGUCUGUAUGAGCUGUUGGCUGCCCUGCCAGCCCAGCUGCAGCCACAUGUGGAUAGCCAGGAAGACCUAACCUUCCUCUGGGAUAUGUUUGGUGAAAAAAGCCUGCAUUCACUGGUAAAGAUUUAUGAAAAACUACACUAUUAUGAGCGGCAGAAUCCUGUGCCCAUCCUCCACAGCGCAGCAGCCUUGGCGGAUGAUCUGGCUGAAGAGCUGCAGAACAAGCCAUUAAAUAGUGAGAUCAGAGAGCUGUUGAAACUACUGUCAAAACCCAAUGUGAAGGCUUUGCUCUCUGUGCAUGACACUGUGGCUCAGAAGAAGUAUGAUCCAGUAUUGCCUCCUAUGCCCGAUGAUAUUGAUGAUGAGGAAGACUCAGUAAAAAUAAUCCGUCUGGUCAAAAAUAGAGAACCCCUGGGAGCCACCAUUAAGAAAGAUGAGCAGACUGGGGCCAUCGUUGUGGCUAGAAUCAUGAGAGGAGGGGCUGCAGACAGAAGUGGUCUUAUUCAUGUUGGUGAUGAACUUAGGGAAGUGAAUGGGAUACCAGUUGAGGAUAAAAAGCCUGAAGAAAUCAUUCAGAUUUUGGCUCAGUCUCAAGGAGCAAUUACAUUUAAGAUCAUACCCAGCAUCAAAGAGGAGACACCAUCUAAAGAAGGCAAGAUGUUUAUCAAAGCCCUCUUUGACUAUGACCCUAAUGAGGAUAAAGCAAUUCCAUGUAAGGAAGCUGGGCUUUCUUUCAAAAAGGGAGAUAUUCUUCAGAUUAUGAGCCAAGAUGAUGCAAUGUGGUGGCAAGCGAAGCAUGAAGGUGAUGCCAAUCCCAGGGCAGGCUUGAUUCCUUCGAAGCACUUCCAGGAAAGGAGAUUGGCUCUGAGACGACCAGAAAUAAUAGUUCAGCCCCUGAAAAUUUCCAACAGGAAAUCAUAUGAGGAAACAGUUGAGUGUGAGGAAAUUAAAGAAGAUGCUGACUAUGCUGGUAACAACAGUGGAGCCUAUCUAGCUGGUUUUAGAAGAAGUUUCCGUCUAAGUAGAAAAGAUAAGAAAACAAAUAAAACCAUGUAUGAAUGUAAGAAGAGUGAUCAAUAUGAUACAGCUGAUGUACCCACAUAUGAGGAAGUAACCCCAUAUCGGCGACAAAUGAAUGAGAAAUACAGACUUGUUGUCUUGGUUGGUCCUGUAGGUGUAGGUUUGAAUGAACUGAAACGAAAGCUGCUGAUCAGUGAUACACAGCACUAUGGUGUGACAGUGCCCCACACUACCAGAGCAAGAAGAAGCCAGGAGAGUGAUGGUGUUGAAUAUAUUUUCAUUUCCAAGCAUUUGUUUGAGACAGAUGUGCAAAAUAACAAGUUUAUUGAAUAUGGUGAAUAUAAAAACAACUACUAUGGCACAAGUAUAGACUCAGUUAGGUCUGUCCUAGCUAAAAACAAAGUUUGCUUGUUGGAUGUUCAACCUCAUACAGUGAAGCAUUUAAGGACACUAGAAUUUAAGCCCUAUGUGAUAUUUAUAAAGCCUCCAUCAAUAGAGCGUUUGAGGGAGACAAGAAAAAAUGCAAAGAUUAUUUCAAGUAGAGAUGACCAGGGUACUGCGAAGCCUUUUACAGAAGAAGACUUUCAAGAAAUGAUUAAAUCAGCACAGAUAAUGGAAAGUCAGUAUGGUCAUCUCUUUGACAAAAUUAUAGUUAAUGAUGAUCUCACCAUGGCAUUCAAAGAACUAAAAACAACUUUUGACAAAUUGGAGACAGAGACUCAUUGGGUCCCAGUGAGCUGGUUACAUUCAUAACUAAGGGAAAUUUCCAUUGAUUGUAGAGUAAUGAUUAGAUCAGUUACCAUUUUGGUGGUAGGGUGUUUUUAAAAAAUCUUUAUCACGGUCAUAGAUGUGCAAUCUUGGUUAAAAUUGAAUGUUAGUUUUGUUUGUAUCUUUUUAUAGCCUUAUUUCAAAUACAAUGUUUGAAUAUAAGAUCCAAAAUUGAAAUUUGUACAGUACUGUAUUCUGAGCAGUUUUGAAUUUUCUGCCUGUCUUUAUAUAUAGCUCUAUCUCCAAGUUGAGGUUGACAUUUUUAGAGAGACAUAACUAGAGAAUAAAUAUUAGAGAUCAGCUGGUCUCAAACAUGGUCGCUGCCAUCAAAUCUGCUCAUUAGCAUUUGCAAAGAAUUAGCUACGCAGCCUUGAGCAGCUCCAGGCAGACAGGACAGCUUUGCUGGAUUUUGGGUAGAUCAUCAUAGGGGUCCUCUUUCUAUUCUAAAAGUGCAAGCUUUUUCUGAUGUAUAUGCAGUACAGUAAGUCCUCGCUUAAUGUCAUUAAUAGUGGUUAUUUAAUGACCUAUAAGGAAACCAAUUUUACCGUAAGCUAAUUGAUAUAAGCAGGAGUUAAGUUCCUAUGGCAUCUCAUCAACGUUAUAAUGAAACUUAUGUUGAACAAAACGACAUUAUACGAGGACCAGUGUGUGCAUUUAAAAAUCAUUCUUAAAGGAAUUACUGAAAAACUGCCCGAGUGAACUUCUUGUUAUAGCUUGAGGGGACUUAUGAGUACUAUCUGUACUCAACAAAUAUUUACUAAGGGAAGAUAGGGCUAAAAUUUAUUAUAUAUGUAACUAAAUUUUUUCCUUAUAGCAUUGAUCUUAAAAUGUUUAUAUCUUGGUGCAAGAAAUGAUUACAAAGGACAUUUUUAUUUGUAUAUCCUUAGGUAACAUUUCUAGAGUCACAAAAAAGUGUUUUGUUUUGUUUUUUAAACUGGCUUUGGAUUUUCCCAAUAAAUUAUAAGAAUGUGAUUCCUAUUCUAAAAGCAGAGAUUUGACAUGUUUCUGGUGUAUUUAAAGAAGAUACAGUUAAAGACAAAAAUGUUAAAUAUGUACAGUUUAUCACCAUAUACUUAAAUUGUACUAAGAUGUACUUCAGAAAACUUUUCAUGUAUUAACUUAUUUCUUCAUCAAAAUAUUUCUUAAUACUGGCCAGAUACCACCAUAAUCUUGCCAUUUUUAAGAAGUUUAAGAAAGGCUCUUAUAAAUUUUUAGAUGGAACCUCUUAUUUUUCUUUUAUACUACUGACCUCCAGCAAGUAAAUUAUAUAGCUCAAAAUAGUAGAAAUGUUCAUAAGUUAUAUUAGAAUAUGUCCUGUUAUUCUUGCAUGCAAUAAGAUCCUGCCAAUCAAAAAAUCUUUGCAUCUGUGACUUUCAAACAGAAAAAAAAGAAAGGUUUUUGUUGAUUUAUAAAAGAGAGUUUAGAUGCCAUGUUUAAAGAAAAAUAGA